UGUGGCUGCUGCCCAAAAAUUAAAAAAAAAAGCAGUACUUAACCAAAAUUAUGCAAUAGUUAACAAACAAUUCAACAAGUGCAACAUGGUUUCCAAUACAUAAUAACAAUAAUAACUAUAAAAAGCAAAGAAAAAGCAACGAAAAGUGCUGCAAAAUAAAAGAAAACUUUAGUGUUUGUGUUAAUAAACAAUUUUGUUUGGUGAGCUAUGCUAACCAUGGAGGCGGAUAUGAAGGGCGGCAUAUUGCAUGCCACAAUGCCGCCGCUGCACGCUAGUGCCGCGCUGCAUGGCCACGCCCAUGCGGCAGCCGCCUCAAGCUACUCGGCGCUGGCGCCGCUCAUGAAUCUCGGUCAAUCGCAUCUAACGCACUCGCAGCUGAGCCAGCACAAUCAUCAUCAUCAUCAUCAUCACCAUAUGAGCGCGCACAUUGCUGCCAGCCAAAGCCCCAACAGCAGUCUCAGCAAUCCGCUUAGCUCGCUGCAGUCGAGCAUUGCCAAUACGCUGAACAACAAUCAACAGCAGCAGCAGCAACAGCAGCAACAGCAGCAGCAGCAGAGCUCGCCGCUGCACAGCUCCAGCGAACUGAGUCCAACGCAAAGCAGCAUUGGCAGCCAUCACAUGACCUCGCCUGUUAGCCACCAUCAGCAGCAGCAGCAGCAGCAGCAACAUGGACUCAUGGGCGCUGGCAGCGCGCUGAGCAGCAUGACAAGCAACAAUAACAACAAUAACAACAACAAUAGCGCAACAGCAAAUAAAAAUCAGCAACAUGCGGAUCGGGUAAAGCGACCAAUGAAUGCAUUUAUGGUCUGGUCACGUGGCCAGCGCCGCAAGAUGGCAUCAGAUAAUCCCAAGAUGCACAACUCAGAGAUUAGCAAGCGCCUGGGCGCGCAAUGGAAAGAUUUAUCCGAGGCAGAGAAGCGUCCAUUCAUCGACGAGGCCAAGCGACUGCGCGCCGUGCACAUGAAGGAGCAUCCGGAUUACAAGUACAGGCCACGCCGCAAGACCAAAACGUUGACCAAAACUAAGGAGAAGUAUCCAAUGGGUGCGCUAAUGCCAGGACAGCAGCCAGGCGGCGAGCCGGGCACACCAACGCGCUCGUCGCAGUCGAUGGCGCAAAGUCAAGCGCUGAAUGGCAGCGGCGGCGCCUCAGCGGCAGCAGCAGCAGCAGCGGCGGCAGCAGCAGCCGCACAGCAGGUGCGCCCCAAUCUGCAUCAAAUGGGCGUGCCCAAUGGCUACAUGCCCAACGGCUAUAUGCAUCCCGAUCCCGCCGGCUACCAGUCGCACUACAUGAGCCACAACUACGCGCCGCGCUACGACAUGGGCCACAUGUAUAAUGGAUAUGGCAUGUAUGACACCGUGGCCGGUGGCCAGACGUCACCCUACGGCAGCAGUCUGCAGCAGCCGAGCAGCCCAUCGCCCUACGGCCAGCCGGCGCAGCUAAAUGGCAACGGCUCGCCGGCGCCGUAUGGAGCGCAGGUCUCUUGCCAGAGCCACAGUCCCAGCGAUUCGAGCAUCAAAUCCGAACCUGUUUCACCCAGUCCCAGCGCCAUUGCAUUAAACAAUAACAACAACAACAACAACAAUCAUAUAAUGAAACGCGAGUAUGUUGCAGCCGCCGGACCAGGCAGCGAGCUGAAUCAUCUGAUGAACAUGUAUCAUCUGCACGAUGGACUCACUGGCGCGCCCGAGCAGCAGCGUCAUCUGAUGCACUACCAAACCGCCUCGCCGGACUUGCAGCAGCAGCAGCAGCAGCCCAACAUGCAACAUGUGAUGCAGCAGCAUCAAGUGCAGCAGCAGCAGCAACAGCAGCAUCAAGUGCAGCAGCAACAUCAGCAACAGCAGCAACUGCAUCAGCAAUCGCUGCGCGCAAUGGCGCCGCUUGCACAUAUGUGAGAAAUGGCCAACGCCUAUGGAGCCGCCGCCGCCGCUGCUGCUGCUGUUAAUGUGCAUGUGUCGCCGCCGUCGCCGACGCCCAUGCUGACGACGGCGGCGGCACAGCAGCAACAUCAACAGUUGCUCAAUGGCCGGCCAAGUCCGACGGCAUCGGGUUCGGGCUCGUCGGGCGGUCGCUCCUCGGCGCACUCGAGUGGCCAUCACACUGCCAAUGCGCAUUCACCCGCCUUGGCGGUCGCUGCUGUUGCCGCCGCCGGCGCUGGAGGUGUAUUCGUUGGUGGGCCCGCCGCUGCCGCUGCCACAGCGUCUGGCAUGCUGGACAUGCAACAGCAGCUGGAGGAGCAGCAGCUACAGCAGCAGCAGCAACACUAUAUGCAGCAGCAGCUACAUCAACAGCAGCAGCAGCAGCAGCAACAGCAGCAGCAUCAUCUACAGCAGCAGCAGCAGCAACACUUGCAACAUCAGCAGCAGCAGCAGCAUCAUCAGCAGCAGCUUUAUCAUUAUCACUCGCAGCAGCUGCAUGCGCAUGAGAGCAGCGCUGGUCUGUUGGAUAUAUCCACACUGUAAAUUAUUUAUAUAUAUAAAACACACACACACAUUAGCGUUAUUUGCAACAAACAACAUUAAACUAAACUUUAUGAUAAACUGCAUUUUAGCUUUAGUUCUAUGUGAAUUGUAAUUACGAAUUCAAAUUACACACGCUAAUUAAUUAUGUAUCUAAUUAUAAUAGCAGCGCAAAACAAAGCAUUUAAUAUUAAGCAUACGCACUGUUGUACCAUAAAAAACAAAACACACACACACACAUUCCAAACCUUCAACUUUUUCUUUCGCCCCCCACCCCCUCAAAACGACAAUUGUGUGAUACAAAAAAAUUGUUGCAUCUUAAUAUAAAAAACAAAAUUAACUUUCGUUGUAAAAAAUGUUUCAAGUAAAUU